GAUGGAAAAUACCCGAAAGCUAUUUACACACUAAAAGAAGAGUCAAAAAAAUUAUUGUGUGAAUGGGUGAAAAAUCUAAAGUUUCCUGAUGGAUAUGUCUCAAAUAUGGGAAGGUGUGUGGACAUGAAAAAACACAAGUUAUUUGGUAUGAAAAGUCACGAUUGUCAUGUAUUCAUGCAAAGAUUGGUUCCUAUUGCAUUCCGUGAGCUAUUACCAAAAAAGGUGUGGGAAGCACUUACUGAGAUGAGUCUUUUCUUUAGGGAUGUCACUUCUACAGUAAUACGUGAAGAGGAUAUGGUAAGACUUCAACAAGAAAUACCUGAAAUACUUUGUAAAUUAGAGCAUGUAUUCCCUCCUAGCUUCUUUGAUUCAAUGGAGCAUCUCCCUGUGCAUCUCGCUUAUGAAGCAAUGCUAGCUGGUCCGGUACAAUAUCAAUGGAUGUAUCCAUUUGAGAGAUAUGGCACCAAGGGGGGGUGGACGAAGCAGAUAUUCUGGAAAAAGAUCAGCAGAUCCAGUGACAUCUCCUCUAAUGUCUCGUUCCACACCUGAUCAAGCACCAUUGUUGCCUGA